GCUUGAAUUGCUCGAUAUUGCUCGUUGCUUGAACUGCUUGAAACAAUUUCCUACGGUUCCCUUGCCUUGAGUAAUUGACCUCGCCCUUUUUACAUUGUUGCAAAAUGACGACAUUUAAAGCAAGGCCGCGGGCCGCGUUGGUUGGCUCGCUUAGCGGCUUGGCGGCUUAGCCUUUGAAUUCCGACCAUUCGACGUUAUUUGGCACUUAAGCUUUGGAUGCGUGCUGAUGUCUUUCAAUUCGCACCGGUCCUGGAAAGUGGUGUGAAAGUGAGAAGGUCGGCCAAGAACGGCCAAGGGCGGCUUGACGGAUGGCUUAAGAUGCUUGGGGUGCACGUCGGCACGAUCGCUCAGCGACAACGACCGGACACUUUGCCAGACUCCAAAUCGUCAGGCGAAGCUUUGAGUUUGAGCCUCGCAACAAUGCAUCAAGAGAGUUGAGAAAGCGGAAAGGAGUUGCGAAAGCUUCUCGUCUGUCAAACAAAUGGCACAAGAAGCUUCUUGUGUUAGUCAAGGGCGACCCAUGCCGCAAGUUGAAGGAUUUUCGUUCGAUCAAGGUGAAUAGUUAACAAUUAUAAAGCAUUGUUUUCUGCGCGUUCAACAUUAGCACGUUGCGCUGCAGAACAGUCUUGUAAGGGCCAGUUGAUACAUAUCGCUACACCAGGGCACGGAACGCUUCUCAAAUCUAGUGAAAGGAUCGCUGUUCCAAUAACUGAGUUUCCAGCAAGUGCUUCCGCUUUCUUCAACAAUAGCAUGACCAGUUCUCCAAUCAUGAGCUUCUUGUUUGAAGCCUUCGUGCACAGAAAGGUGCAGGUCGUGUCCUGUCGUGGGUUUAAGAGUGUCUUUUUGAGAAGAGUCCGUGCGUGAUUUAAAGCGCUUUGCUUGCAUCCAAACCCCAUCCAAGCUGAGUGCCUGGGUCACGACAAAGAUUGCUUCCAACAGCUUGCCCAAAUGUACUCGAGCGCACGCUUGCAGAGCGAAGGCCUCCAUUUCAGGCUGCGUUCUUCCUGGCCAAUCUUCAAGUGCAAUGUUAGCAUUCAAAGACAUGCUUGGGGACAAAGCUUUAUUCUGUCGUGCAGAGUGUGUUUUUGCCUCUCUUGGCUAUGCUACUUGCAGCGUGGUGAGUUAAGCGGUGGAAGACUUUCAACUGCUCCAGUUCCAGGGACGUCUACAUCAGUCCACCGUGCACGUGUUGGCUUGUAACGCAGUGCGCCCUGCCAAGGGAUGGCAAGGCCCGAUCCGGCAAUGCCCAGUUUCGAUUGGCUGAGCAGCCUGCCAGCUUUGGGAUGGUUCGGGAAACUACAAGACUGGACGCGCGAAACUGUUAGCACGAGACCUGGGCAAAGAUGUUCCAUAAGACGGCAUGAUUUUGGUGGAUUAGGUUCCCAGGUUUAUCAGUUUUCAGACGCUUCAGACGUUCGCUGCGGGCCUUGAGAUGCAGUUUUCUCAACUUAGAAUGUUUGAGACUUCACAAGGUGGUCAUUCUUUGCGACGCACAGAUGCUGCCCAGAUGCCUUUACAAUGAGUUUAAACUGAUUUGCGUUGCAGAAAGCACCUGAGCCUCCAAAGACAGUCACAACUCCAUGCCAGCAGGGGGCUAGGACCAAUGCAUUGCGCUAAGCCGUGUCAUUGUUCCCGGGAAACACUUGCAAAGUGCCAGGUGCAUCUGCAUGUACAGAUUCAUUCAACGAUUGGGAGAUUUGCUGUUCUGGUUUAAUAGUUUCCCAUCUCUAAAAAGAUACUUUUGGCAAAAGUACAUACUGGGGUCGUGCUCUAGUGACUUUGAGGCUCCCAGGAUUUGAAGGGGUGAACAUGUGCGCCAUAGCAGAAAAGCAAGCAUGCCAGACCAUGCGAAAGCCUUUAAACGCUCACAAUGUCAUGAUGCAGCGAAGCAGUUUUCAAAGGCAUAUGAUUGAACAAUGCAAGUUCUGCAGAAUUGCCUUGGUGGCAUGUCUCGAACUUCUCAGGCAACGACAUCAUUUUGGCACCCAGUUGGUCAGACGAUCUUUAGUAGGCAAAACCCCUUCUUCAACCAGGAAGCACCUAGGGCUAGGCCACAACCUGACAGAAGCGCCAGACACUCGUCAGCGCCGUCCCUCAGCGUGUGGAAUGUGUUGUUUUGUUUGCCAUGUCGAGUCGUUCAAGCUUGUCGAUGAAGAAUAGUGGUCCAUCGCUCAAGAAAUUGAUGAGGCCGAGACGAUAAAGGGAAUGGUAAGUGCACACUGUGCCAUACAAUGCAACAUUUGAGACAAUUCCCUUGCGCCGGGUUCCUCUCUAUCACAUGUUUAAGUGAGAGUCCAGAAGGGGAUGCUGAAGUUUAGUUGCGACGUCGCACUAGCUGGUUGGGAUGCGUCGAACUGCCAGAGGUGUUCAUUUUCCCUUUUGGGAUACAAGAUCAUGUUGCCGCGCAGCACCUCGAACCUGAAAACAGAACUUGAAACAGGGCUAUUGAAGAGGAUUGUUUGUACACGAAACUUGCACUCAGCAGUCCCAUGGGCAGAAGAAGUGUGGAUUGCUCAAUCUCUUCAGAAGGCAUAUUGCACAGCCAAGAAGAUGUUGUUUGGCACAAGCGAGCUUGCCAAACAUGCUGGGCUGUGGAACCCAUUGAUGCCUGCGCCCGCCAAGCUUUUGUGCAUAAACCAUAACUUACGCGCCAUUUUCUUGAUGCUUUCGGGUCACGGGACCUUCCUGGGGCUUGGAAAAUACAGCACACUUGCAUUUGGCUUCCGUUCCGUGAUCUCUGAAUUGCCUUAAGGCUCUAUGGCUGAUGGGCAAGCCAGACAAUAGGCCCGCAAGGCAAGGAAAUUUGCAGCAUCGUUUGAUUGAAACGUUGAAACGUGAGCAGUGGCCAUUGAAACAUUGUUCACUGGUUGACAAGCUCUCCACGCUCAGUUUGUCGUCAGACCUAUAGGGUCAAGCUCUUAGGCUCGCAGACUUGCAGACUGGAUAUGUGUGACACCUCCGUGUAGGUUUUUCAGCUGAUAAACCUCACCAGAAAUAAGUUUCGCGUCCUCAAGCCUGAGCUGCCGUUUCGCCUUGUCCAUUCUUGCACGCUGAACCCACAAACAUCGAGGUCGGCGCAAUGUCAAAACCAGGUUCCGCAAUGUCAGACAUGGUUUGUAAACUGGCGCCUGGCCAAAGCACCCACAGCGCGCCUGAUGUGUGAUGAACCCGUUGCCAUUCUUGGUUCGACUGCAUUGUCUCCACCGUCAUAGUGCAAGAGCACACUGUUGCUGUCCACGUUGGAUUGCACGGCCGAGUGCUGAAAACCAGCUACUCGUACAAACGAGUGAUCCUGUUGCCGUUGCUUUGCCUGAGCCGCACCAUUGGGGCAAAUUGCUUCCUCUCUUGACACAAUCAGGGUGAGUUGCCCAUGCUAAAUUUGAUGGCAAGUACAGAGGAGAUAGAUCCAAACACAUGACAUGUAGACAUGCCACGUGCGACACACCCUUGUAUGCUUCGAGCCUUUCCGCAGCCCUGACCUUGGGAUCGAAGUGGCUUUUGCAGAAGAACAGUUUGAGUACAGUAUGGUGGUGAUGCGCCAUCCCCCUAGUUUGCACAGUGAGCACAGUGAGAAUCGUCGGGAGAGGACACUCUCUAUUCACCUCUUCACCUCGGGCACUAAUCUGGUGGUCCGAGGGUCAAGGGGGCCCUUGUCUGCCCCAUCAAAGACGAGUUUUGGCUUACAUGCGGAGCGGCAAGCUCGAUGAGCUUGGACAUGGUUUCCAAGUUGCAGCGGUUGCGAAGUUGCAAA